AUCCCUAUGGGUACCUUCCAACUCAAAACAAGAACGGACUGGCCCAACUGGUACAUCCAGUUUACCUGGCACGCCAAACUGAGAGAUGUGUGGGAGCUAGUCAACCCAGACGCUCCGGACGCUCCAGGAAUGCACGAAGGAGCUCCUGAGCUACCUCUCAUGAGCUCGGGGGUGGAGUUUGGAGCUGCUGAACAGCAGGCCUUCAGCUCUACUUACGAAAAUAGACCCCCGGCUCACUCAACCCGUAGUCACCCCGAGGCAUACACACAGGAGCUCGCCAAGUAUAAGGUCAGGUCGAGCGAAUGGGCAGCAAAGGCGGAGCGCCUUCAGAAGCUCUGGAACUGGGUCAACGCUACGGUGGCCCCAGCGAUCAUCUCACCAGUGAUAGUACGGCUCGUUUCAAGCAACAGUACCACCCUACAAUCACUCAUCCGAGCCCUGAAGCAGGAGCUUGCUCCUACCUCCCUUAGUACCAAGAAUCAGGUCAGAGCAGAAUAUCGAGCUCAUCUUGGAGCGGCUAAACAAGGACGAGCCGCUCCUCAUGACUGGUACCAGAAGUGGUCAUACCUCUAUAUGAGUGCCAAGGCCUACGAUCUUGCGGAGGUUGAUAGGGAGCUCGCUGUUCAAGAUUUCUUAGAUGCCUUGAGCUACUGA